CCAACCAUCCUAUUUAUGUGCUGCAAGCCAAGCUUUCCUUUUGCACAGCCAUAGUAGCAAUAAUGUGUGUGGGAUCCGGCAUGUGAUCUGGGUUUUAUUUAUUUUCUGAGAAGGUGUCCAAUUUCCUUUUAUGGAAAUGUUAAUAUCCAGUUUCUGCCAAUCUUAACGUGAAAGCUUCUUUCGAUUCUGCUGAUCUUGAUAGAAAAAAAGCUCAGUCACUGUGAUUGAUACUACUGAGAGAGCUGAGGAAGAGAAAGGACUGGUUUGGUUUUCUAGUUCUACGCGUAUGAAUGUAUGUAUGGAUGGAUUGCGCGCAAUAAAAUGAUGCAGCGAAGGACAGGAGGGCAAAGGAGUAGGAGAAUAAAAAUAAUAAUCAGGGAGGGCCUAAGAGAAGGUCAAAACUGAGCUGGCUUCCCGGUUUGCGGCCGCAAAACCCUCGCCGUACUAUUUUAAAGCACAAAUCUUUUUCUCCAUUAUUUUACCCCACCCACGGCCUUUUUCUCAUCCCUUUUCCGCCAUUUUUGCCGUUUUGUAACCCCAACUUUUCCCAUUUCUCUUCAUUCCCGGCUCUGCUGCUCCGCCGGUGACAUUCUCUUCCUUUCCUUUGGCUUCUCUGCGCGCUCGAUCAUUCUUUGCUGUGGUUUGCUUUCUUCCAGGACCGGUUUUGGUUACUCAUUCCCUCUGGCCCCUUUCUUGUUCUCCGGUUCCAUUAUUUUUUAUUCCUUUUCUGGAGGUCGCUGCAGAGAGACUAGGAUCAGGUAAUUUGAACCAGGAAACCGACCUUUGUGAGGGUGUUGUGGCAGGUUAAUCCCGUAUUUGCAACGAAUCUAAGAAUCUUAUGUAAUGAAUAAGGACGAGCUGGACUGGGGUUUGUGCUGUAAAGAAUCAUGAGUAUUCUUUAUGACGGCGAUUGAAAGAGGAUUCAGAGACCUGGAAUGGCUUUGAAGCUCAUAAGUUGAAGGUUGAGCCGCCAGUCAUGGAAAAGAACGGUUAUUGAACUCCGUUAUCGAUACCGCCUCGUCAAGUAAUUCGUCUGCACAGAAAGGGAGCCUCGCAUUUUAAAAGCUUUUCCUUCGGCAUGGCGUCUUCGUCAAACUCACCUUGCGCCGCCUGCAAGUUUCUGAGAAGGAAGUGCACUCCAGAAUGUGUCUUUGCGCCAUAUUUUCCUCCGGACCAGCCUCAAAAAUUUGCUAAUGUUCACAAGGUUUUUGGAGCAAGCAACGUGACUAAGCUGUUGAACGAAUUACAUCCUCACCAGCGCGAAGAUGCAGUAAAUUCUUUGGCAUACGAGGCAGACGCUAGGCUUCGUGAUCCAGUGUAUGGCUGCGUGGGAGUGAUAUCCCUUCUGCAACACCAGCUGAAGCAAUUGCAGUCUGACUUAACGACGGCACGCUCAGAGCUCUCAAAAUACAUAAAUGCAGGAAUGGCCGGGCCCUUGCUUGGAGGGCCUUCUUCCAACCUGGGCAUCGGCAUGGGUUUACCGGGAACUGCUUCUCGGGAUCACCUUUUCCGCGAUCAAGUAAUGGAAGCACAGAUUUCUACGCGAGAACAGCAAAUGUAUCGAAAUUAUGACCAGGAAAUCGCAAGGAUAAGCGUCAAUGCAUACGAUCCCACCUAUGGUCACUUGAACGUUUCCCCUACUUUGGGGCCGCUUAAUCCAUUUGCCCCGGCUUCAAGGGCUGCCAGCGACGAGCGUAACGGCGGCAGAGGAAUUGGCCCUCCCUAAAGCAAGGAAUAAUCCGGAUUAUCGGGCCUAAUUUCCUAUCCAAAGCGGUUAUUGAUGCCCAUCACUUGUGUUCGUUUCUUGAUGUUGUUUUCUCCUGAAUCAUUUGUUUUUGGAAAAAGGAACAUGAAAAUCAAGAGCUUCAGCUCCCUCAGAAGACAUUUAUUGAAACGCCUAUGUUGUAGUAAUAAUUAUUUUUCUCUUUUUUCAUCGCUUCUUUCUUCCUCACCUCUGCAAGUGAAGUAGCUUGCUGUUUUGUAGGUGUUUCAUUUCAUAUGAACAUCACGUUUAUACCUCUCCUUAUUCUAUUACAAGUGAGUUAAGUUGUCCAGGUAGUUUCUUUUAACUUCAGCAUAAACAAAAAACUGGAAAUUGCAAAUACUGAUCAAAUAAUUGAUUGUCUCAAUUGCCAGAAAAUUGGUUCGGGAAUCGAUCAGCUAUCUGUUACACAACUAUUAAUAUCAACGAAUGUGCUCUGAUCUCUUGUUAAUGUUAUCAGCUUUUAAGAAUUUUACAAAGACUUUACUUUGUUAGUUAUUA